AGCCACCCAACUCCGACUUUCCGGAAUGAUGACGGAUAUUUAAUCUCAUCGUAAAAAUUAUCGCAGACAUCUCGUGUAUAAAUACGCGUAGCCAUCCCACACCACUACCGCAAAAACAUCCCAUCAUCCCAUCCCAACCAUCCAACCAAACACCCAUUCAAUCAAACCACCAACCACCAACCAACAACCACCCAAAAUGUCUCUCCCCCGCCGCGCCCUCAUCGCCAUCACCUCCGCCCAAGCCCCCCUCUUCAACGGCCGCGAAACCACCGGCCUCUUCAUCACCGAAGCCCUCCACCCAUACCUCGUCCUCACCAAGGCCGGCUUCACCGUCGACCUCGCCUCCGAAACAGGCACCUACACGCCCGACCACCUCUCCCAACAACCCGACUUCCUGCACGGCGAGGACCUCGCCAUCUGGAACAAUCCCAACAGCGAGUUUCGCCAGAAACUCGACAACAUGCCCAAGGCGUCGGAGCUCGAUGCCUCGGGGUACGGCGUGUUUUUUGCCUCGGCGGGGCAUGCGGCUUUGAUUGACUAUCCUACUGCCACUGGGCUACAGAACAUCGCCUCGCAGGUCUGGACGAGCGGGGGUGUGGUGGCGUCGGUGUGUCACGGGCCGGCGAUUUUCGCGAACGUGGUCGAUUUGAACACCAAGGAGGCGGUGGUGAAAGGGAGGACUAUUACGGGGUUUGCUACUGAGGCGGAACAUACGUUGGGGGUUGCGAAGGAGUUGGAGAGUUGGGGGUCCGAGUUGGUGGAGGAUAUGGCUGAGAGGUUGGGGGCGAAGUAUGCUCGUGCUCCCGGUGUCUGGGAUGAUUAUCAUGUUAUUGAUGGACGGCUUGUGACGGGUCAGAAUCCGGCGAGUGCGACUUCGACGGCGAAGGCGGUGGUGGAGGUUUUUGAUAAGUUGUGAUUGUUUCUGGGUGUAUGUUGGGAUUUGGGAAUGUGUGCUGCCCUGUGGCGUGGUUAAGAAGAUCAGGGUGAUCAGAGUUAGUAUUAGGGUAUUGUUUGAUACUUGUGAUAUUGUUAUUGUACAG